GGGGUGCAGCGAGGCGGGCCGGAAAGUUUGUCCCGAGGCGGCUGCGGCCUCGAAGGGGACUCGGCCGGCAGGGGAGGGGAUGCGCACCCAGCCCCAGCGCCCCCAAUACGCCCACCCGCGGAGCCCAGCUCGCCAUGGGCUGUCCUCCACCUGUCCUGCCCCUGUGUGCCUCUGUGUCUUUGCUAGGUGGCCUGACCUUUGGCUAUGAACUAGCAGUGAUAUCGGGUGCCCUUUUGCCACUGCAGCUUGACUUUGGACUGAGCUGCUCACAGCAGGAACUGCUGGUGGGAAGCCUGCUCCUGGGGGGGCUCCUUGCUUCUCUGGGGGGUGGCUUCCUCAUUGACCACUAUGGCAGGAAGCGCACCAUCCUGGGGAGCAACCUGGUGCUGCUGGCAGGCAGCCUGAGCCUGGGCCUGGCUGGCUCCCUGCCCUGGCUGGUCCUGGGCCGCCUGGCAGUCGGCCUUGCCAUCUCACUGUCCUCCAUGGCUUGCUGCAUCUACGUGUCAGAGCUGGUGGGACCACGACAGCGGGGAGUACUGGUGUCCCUCUACGAAGCAGGCAUCACCAUGGGCAUCCUGCUGUCAUAUGCCCUCAACUACGCCCUGGCCAGUGCGCCCCAGGGGUGGAGACACAUGUUCGGCUGGGCUGCCGCACCCGCUCUCCUGCAGUCUCUCAGCCUUCUCUUCCUCCCAGCUCAUGCAGAGGAGACUGCAAUGUAUAAGGACCUCAUCCCGCUCCAGGGAGGUGAGGCCACUAUGCCCGGCAUGGGGAGGCCACGCUAUACAUUUCUGGACCUCUUCAGGGCCCGGGAUAACAUGCGAGGCCGGACCACAGUAGGGCUGGGGUUGGUGCUUUUCCAGCAGCUAACAGGGCAGCCCAAUGUUCUGUGCUACGCUUCCACCAUCUUCCACUCUGUCGGCUUUCAUGGAGGUUCCUCCGCUGUGCUGGCCUCCGUGGGGCUCGGCAUGGUAAAGGUGGCAGCUACUCUGAGUGCCAUGGGGCUGGUGGACCGUGCUGGCCGCAGGGUGCUGCUGCUGGCUGGCUGCAGCCUCAUGGCCCUGACAGUCAGCGGCAUAGGCCUUGUCAGCUUUGUAGUGCCCAUGGACUCUGGCCCCAGCUGCCUGGCCAUGCCCAAUGCCACCCAAAAGACAGGCUUUCCUGGAGGCUCUGGCCUGCUAAACGAACCAUCGCUACCUCCUAUGCCGAGAAGCAGGGGGCGCCAAUGGGAGCCAGUCUUUACAACUGCUCAGAAAACCAAGUUCCAUCCCGGAGCUGCUGUAGCUACUCCCCUGCCAGCCCUGAGCACCACCUCCCUGGUGUCCUCUGACCCUAGCCCAGAACACACACUGCUGCGCUGGACAGCACUAAUCUGCCUGAUGACCUUUGUGAGUGCCUUCUCCUUUGGCUUUGGACCCGUGACCUGGCUUGUCCUCAGCGAGAUCUACCCUGGGGAGGUCCGCGGCAGAGCCUUUGCCUUCUGCAACAGCUUCAACUGGGCUGCCAACCUCUUCAUCAGCCUCUCCUUCCUCGAUCUCAUUGGUGCCAUUGGCUUGUCCUGGAUCUUCCUGAUUUAUGGGCUGACUGCUGUCCUCGGUCUUGGCUUCAUCUACUUUUUCGUUCCUGAAACAAAAGGCCAGUCACUGGCGGAGAUAGACCAGCAAUUCCAGAACAGUCGGUUCACCCUAAGCUUUAGCCACAGGAAGAGCUCGGCCGGCAUCCAGUACAGCCGCAUCAAGGUCUGCUCGGCCCCCUGAGGAGCCCACCCAUCCAGAAGGUGCAGACCGCCACUGCCUGCAGAGCAUCUCGAAGCUUCCUGCUUGUGGGGCCAGCAGCACAAGGUCCAGGAGGCCCCUAGGGGGUGACCCCUAGCCCAAAGGAGGAACUUUUUGUUGUUGUCACUUUUUCCUCCUAUUGGGGUCAGAGAUGAAAAUCUGAGAAGCCCAAACUCAUUUUGAGUAUGAGACCCUGAAGAUCUGUCUUCAUGCCUCAGUUUCCCCACUGACUUCGCAUAUAUCUACAGCAUUUUUAGUGAGAGCCUCUACUGAGUAUUUCUCACACUGUGGACUUUCUCAAGCAAUCUUUGGUCUUUGGGGUACCAGUCCUGGCAGGAAGUGUCUCCUAGAAUCUCCCCUAAGAAUACCACAUUCUCUGCUGUCUUUUUCCAACUCACAGGGGUCUCUGGGGAGAAUCCUGCCCUUGGGAUCUUAGCUCUCAGUCUUGUUCAUCUCCUCUAAUCUUCUUGCCAAAGAUCUUUAUCAUUUACUUGAAACUCUGACCACUUGGCCAGGCUUGAGUUCUAGUCCUGGUUCUGCCAGUUUUACUCCUCUGUGAACCUGGGUCUCAUACAUGCAAUGGAAGUCUUGGGCUGGGCUGUGCUUGAGACCUCUCCUGACCCCACUGGGCUGGAAUUCUAUCAGCUGGUGACACAACAGACACUCGACACGGACCCUGCCCACACUCUGGUUGCUGACACCACUUUGGAGGAUUCAAGUCUGAAGGAAAGGAGAAUAGGAUUUGGGGGCUGUGCACACAAACAUCCAAGAACUGUCACACGUGUGUGACAGACACGAAGGUCCACUGCCAGGACAGGGCAGGAGGCUCUGCCAGAGGAAGGGAGUUUGAAGACCACGCAGCUGGCUGUAAGUGUGGCCUCACUAACCACGCCCUCAGCCUCCAUGUCCUCAUCUGCGCAAUGGGGACAGUUGUGCCCCAGGUGCUGUUUCACCUGUGUCCAGGGCCCAUGAAGGUUCCUCUCUGUUUCUAGUGAUUUCCUGAACCAGAGAUGGGCUAGAGCUGGCUUGUGAGAGAUGAUUAUUAAAUUAAACUGGUUGUCAAACACAACUGUUAUUAAAAAUGUAACUUAUUUUAUAUUAUUGAAUUAUAAUU